AUGGCAUGGCUGAGCCGCGUCAGAGGAGUAUCGCCGCUUUCAAGGCUCCUAGCGACGCGUCGAUCUUUCGGAUCAGCGGCCGCCUUGGCGUUUGACUACGACUCCGAUGACGAGUAUCUGUACGCAGAUGAAUCCCGUUUGGUGGAGACGAGGCUUGAUUUGGAUGGGUCAGGACCCGAGAGGGGAGUCCAGUGGGUGCUGAUGGGCGCGCCCAGGCACGUCUUCGCUGAGAGGCUCUCUAACCUCCUUCAAGUUCCUCACAUUUCCAUGGGGUCGCUUGUCCGUCAAGAGCUUAACCCUAGAUCUUCUCUCUACAAGGAGAUUGAAAGUGCUGUAAAUGAACGAAGGCUUGUUCCAAAGGGUGUUGUGUUUGCAUUGCUUUCAAAGCGGCUGGAAGAAGGAUACGUUAGGGGGGAAACAGGUUUCAUUCUUGAUGGAAUUCCCCGCACUCGUAGUCAAGCCGAAACUCUUGAUCAAAUCGCUCAGAUUGACCUCGUUGUGAAUCUUAAAUGCUCCCAGGAGCAUCUCUUAAACCACCGAGCUGCUGCUCUAAACGAAACAGCUCUGCCUCGACAGGAGUUCCUUGGCUCUAUGCUACACUCAGCUGUUGCAAUCAAGGCCGGGAAGGAGAGUCUUGGUGUCUACAAAGAGGAGGUGAAGCCCCUGGAAGAGUACUACAGGAAGCAGAGGAAACUUAUCGACUUUCAUGUUGGCGGUGCCACAUCAGCAGAAACAUGGCACGGCUUAUUGGCAGCUCUGCAUCUCAGACAUGCGAAUUUGGCGACUUCACAGAAGCUCACUGUGUGA